GGCCUGUCUAGCCCAAUGCUGCGCUGCCCAUCCCAGCGUCUCCUGGACAGGAUAGUGCGGCGCUACGCUGAGGUGCCAGACGCUGGCAGCAUCUACAUGGACCACCUCACCGACCGGGACAAACUGCGCCUCCUGUACACGCUGUCAGUGAAUUCACACCCCAUCUUGUUACAGAUCUUCCCCGAUGUGGAGGGAUGGCCCUUCCCGCGGUACCUGGGCUCCUGCGGGCGGCUGGUGGUCAGUGCCAGCACCCGGCCCCUGUGUGACUUCUACGGCGCGGCCCCCGAGGUGGCCGCUGACCUGGCCCUCCAGCUCCUCGCCGUCCUCCGCUCCAUGGGCACCAACGACCUCAACUAUUUCUUCUACUUCACCCACGUGGACGCUGGCACCUUCGGCGUGUUUAGCAAUGGGCAUCUGUUCAUCCGGGAUGCCAGCAUGCUGGGGAUCAUCGACAAGGAGGAAGGGAGCCAGCUGAUUGACGGCCAACAGGAGUAUAAAGAUAUAUUUAGCUGUUUGACUGUGGACUGCCAGUCUGCAUUCGUGUCCUGUAACUCCAUCAGAGAGAAACACAGCCUCGUCAUGGUGUGUCAAGAGCUUUUGCCUAAGCUCCUGAAGGGGAAAUUCCUGCAACCUGUGCAGGAGAAAAUAGACAGCUUCCUGCAGCACUGCGCCAAUGGCCUUGCCGAUGACCAGGGCAUCAACGAGGCGGUUGCAAAGCUGGCAGAGCUCCUGAAACCUCUGCGGUCUUGCGAUUCUCGUUUUGCCUACCGCUACCCUGACUGCAAAUACAGUGACAAAUACUGAUGGCUUCGGAGAAAGGGUAGCCUGGGAAGGACUGGGGCGGUGUCAGCCCCCCGCCAGCGUGGGAAGCAAGAAAGAACCAGGAUAGCUGGAAAGAGCUGUGCCAAAUCUGGGGCUUCCUCAUCAAGGUGGAGAAGCAGGAAGCAGAGUGCACAUGGGAUUUAUAGUUCAUCUCCCAGAGAUGCAUUUGUUACAUGGGAUGUUAGACAUGA